AUGUCUUUCCCCAAAGCGCAACCCGACUGGAACAACCUCGGUGUUCUGCACAGGAAUACCCUUCCUUCCAGAGCCCAUUUCUACACAUAUGGAUCGGAAGACAAGGCCCUGACUUUUAAUCGCGAGGAGAGUGAAUAUAUCUCCCUUAAUGGCACGUGGAAAUUCCGACAUGACACCUCCCCCUUUGAGGCCCCAGAAUGGUCCUCAGUCAAUCCCUUGACGUGGGACGAUAUCAAAGUUCCUGGCAUGUGGCAGGUCCAAGGUUACUCUCACCCAACGUACACAAACGUUAACUAUCCCUUCCACGUCGAUCCACCCAACGUGCCCAUCCUCAACGAGACUGGAUCCUACUGGAGACAAUUCGUGACACCCACCUCCUGGGACGGACAGCAGAUCCGAAUUCGGUUCGAAGGUGUGGACAGUGCUUUCCACUUGUGGGUCAACGGCGAGGAAGUCGGCUAUUCCCAAGGAUCACGAAACCCAAGCGAAUUCGAUAUCACCUCCCUGCUUCGACCGGCUGGUACGGUCAACACGCUGGCGGUGCGUGUGUACGAGUUCUGUGAUGGUUCCUAUAUUGAGCGACAAGACCAGUGGCUUCUGAGCGGCAUUUUCCGCGACGUUGGUCUUCUUGGAUUCCCCAAGAGCUCCAUCGUGGACUUUGAUGCCGUGCCAACUCUGAGUGAGGAUCUUGUCUCUGGUGAGCUGAUCACCAAAGUCAAGAUCCAGGGUGAGACCGGUGACGUAAAGGUGAAACUCCUGCGGCCCGACGGCAGUCUUCUCGAGCAAUCCAGUUUCUUGUCCUCCGAGUCGAGCAAGAUCAAGGUGACUGGCGAUGAAUUGAAAUUGUGGUCGGCGGAGCACCCGGUUCUGUACACUUUGCUGGUCACUUUCAACGGUCGCACGAUACCGCAGCGCAUCGGCUUCCGUCGUAUCGAGCGAAAGGGUGCAAACUUCCACGUUAAUGGAAGACCGAUUAUGCUGUAUGGUAUGAACCGUCACGAGCACCAUCACCUCUUUGGCCGUGCGGUACCCUACGAGAGCAUGCGUGCGGAUCUGGUGAUGAUGAAGAAGUACAAUAUCAAUGCCUUGCGCUGCAGUCAUCAGCCCAACGACCCGCGCUUGUAUGAAGUGUGUGACGAGCUGGGUCUCUAUGUGAUCGCCGAGGCCGAUCUGGAGACUCACGGUUUCGACCCCGUGGAGCGUUCCAACAUCCCCGAUCAGCAUCUCAUGACCGAGUAUGAGAUCCAAGAAGCAUCUUACAAGAGGGCCACAAAGUGGACAUCCGAUAACCCCGAGUGGAAGGAAGCGUACCUGGAUCGGGCUGAGCAGCUCGUUCAGCGAUUCAAGAACUACUCUUGCAUCAUUUUCUGGUCCCUUGGUAACGAGGCAUUUUACGGUCAGAACCACGCGAGCAUGUACAAGUGGAUCAAGGAGGCCGAUCCGACCCGUCUGGUGCACUAUGAGGGCGAUCGUGAUGCCAUCUCUGCGGACAUGUAUUCGACUAUGUAUUGGAGCCCCGAGGCUCUGAAGCAGCAUGUGGCGGACAAGCCGGACAAGGCGAUGAUUCAAUGCGAAUAUGCUCAUGCGAUGGGUAACGGUCCUGGUGGACUGAAGGAAUACAUUGACACCUACCGAAGCGAGCCACUCCUGCAGGGUGGCUUCAUUUGGGAAUGGUGCAACCACGGCAUGCUCAAGCGUGAAGGCACUCAGUCUUACUAUGCCUACGGUGGUGACUUUGGUGAUAAGCCAAAUGACGCCGACUUCAUUCUUGAUGGAAUGGUUUACUCCGACCACACCCCCACCCCCGGAUUGAUUGAAUACAAAAAAGCUAUCGAGCCGGUCACGAUUGCCUCCAAAGAGGGCCGUCUGGAAGUGACCAAUCACUACGACUUCAGUACUCUCGACCAUCUGUCUGCGUCUUGGCAUAUUGUCAAAGAGGCUGGAAACACCGAGCCUGUCGCUUGGCAGCUGCCUGAGAUUAAGCCCGGCGAAACCAAGGUGGUCGAUCUUCCCGAAGGUGUCACCUUUGGCUCGGAGCCAAGCUGGUUUGCUGCCAACUUCUCGCUCAAGGAUGCCACAUCCUGGGCUCCUCAAGGCCAUGAGAUUGCGUGGGCCCAGAUUCCCCUCUUUGAUGAAAGCAAGGUCACCCUUCCCCUUGUCAAGAGCCCCUCGUCGAAGCUUUCCAUCACUGAGAAUCAGGGCAAAUUGUACAUCUACUCGGACAGCUUUGCGGCCAACUUCACCUACGACUUGGUCCGAGGCAACUUGGCCUGGUCCACUGACUCUGGCAAGGUCUUCCACAGCGGACCCCAGCUUGGAUUCUACCGUGCCCUGACCCAGAAUGACGUUGGUGCUGGGGGCCCGCUGGCUGAGUGGAAGCGAUUCCGCGUGGACAGCCUAUGUCGCAUGCUCGUUCAGGGCUCUACCUGGUCCAACAACGACGACGGAAGCAUCUCUAUCACCACCAAGGUUCGCGUUGCCCCCGUGGUCCUUGAAUGGGCCAUGGUCGCCAACCUGACCUACACUAUUACCGGAUCUUCCGUCCAACUCCACGUCAAGGGUGACUUCACCGGUACCUUCCCUCAGGUGAUUCCUCGAAUUGGUCUCACCGUUCGUCUGCCCCGUCGCUACGAGGCUGCAACCUGGUUCGGUCGCGGCCCAGGCGAGUCUUACCGGGACAAGAAGGCCGCUGCUCGUUUCGGGACGUACACCUCGUCCAUCGAUACCGGCCUUGAGACACCUUAUGAGUGGCCCCAAGAAAACGGCAACCGCACUGACACGCGCUGGGUCCGAGUUCACGCGGCUUCCGAUGAGACGGCAUACGCUGCCUCUGCCAAGGCUCAGCCGUCGUUGCCUCAGAUUGAGGCGAGAAUGGAUUCGCCUUUCAACUUCUCAUUGAGCCGAUACUCGAUCGAGGAGUUGGAUCGUGCCAAGCACCCGCACGAGCUGAGUGCUCUGGAGAACGAAACCGAGUUCACGAUUGACUUUGCCCACCACGGUAUCGGUACCGGUAGUUGUGGUCCUGGUGCCUUUGAGGGUAACCGCCUGGAGGCGGGGCCGUUUGAAUUUACGACCGUGUUCCGAUUGCUGAGUGGUAAGAGCGAAUAG